AUGGCGGGCCACUCGCUGGUAGAACUGCCAGCACAAACAAUCAGGUUGCUGGGUAGCGGACAGGUUAUCACCAGCGUUUACAGUGUGGUCAAAGAACUAGUUGAAAACUCUUUUGAUGCUGGUUGCACGUCAAUUGAUAUUAAAUUGGAAGGUUACGGUUUGGAAAAAAUAGAAAUCUGUGACAAUGGACAUGGCAUUAAAAUUCAGGAUAUCCCAUAUGUGGCUAAAAGACAUUACACAUCUAAACUAGUUACUGCUGAAGACAUGCAGUCCUUGGAGACCUACGGAUUCAGGGGCGAGGCCUUAGCCUCCUUAUGUUCUGUGUCACAAGUGACCAUUGCCACAAAAACAGCAGAGGAUGAAGUUUGUCACAUAUAUGAUGUCGACAGUGAAGGCAACAUUAAAGGAAAGAAACCUUCUUGUCUUGGAACAGGCACCACUGUGACAGCUCGUAAUCUGUUCUUUAACCUACCAGUAAGAAAGCAGUUUUACUAUGGCUCUCAGCGUAAAAAGGAAGAUUUGAAAAAGAUUGAAGAUCUUCUCAUUGUUUAUGGCAUCAUCAGACCUCAAAUGAGAAUCAGUCUGAGGCAUGAUCGGGAUCUUGUGUGGCAGAAAAUACAGACAAGUGAUACAAAAGGGGCCAUACAGUCUGCUCUUAGUCGCCAAGUUUUCAGUCAGCUGAUCUGUGUAGAAAAGUCAAUGGAGGAACAGCAGGGCUCAGUGUGUGCUUAUAUACCAAAACCUGGCUCAGAUGUGAAAUUGAUGUCUCGCUCAACUGCUGAUAGAACUUUGAUUGUUGUCAAUGAGCGGCCUGUACACAUAAAGGAACUGUUGAAAGUUCUAAAACAGUAUUACUGCAACUGUCAUGGCUGUGAUACCAGUCGAUUUCCUAUCUGUUACGUUCAUGUCAAAUUGCCAACUGCUGAUGUAGAUGUCAAUGUGGAUCCAAAUAAAACUACUGUGUUUUUGAAGCAUCUGAUUGAGGUGAGGACAUUUUUGGAAGAGCUGUUACUGAAGAUUUAUGGUCCUUUAGACAAUGUGCCUAGCUGGCAUUACAGUGAAGCCGUGAAGAUUACCCAGGAGCAGAACAUUGAAAAAAGUUUGUCUGAUGCUGAACCUGCUGCGAUUGUCAGAAAACUGCUUGGAAAAGUAGCUGAUGAUAAAGGGAGAGGUCAUGUGACACCUAAUAUUGACAACAGUUGUGCAAAUAGUACUUUGCAAGAAAAAACUGUUGAUAAAUCAAAACCGUUACCUUCUUUUAUCUUGACAUUUCACAAUAAUGAAAACUCUUCAGCAAAAUUGAAUGAAAUGGACAUAGAUUCAGAAAGUCUUCAACAUAGAAAAACAGAUACAAGCUCAACAUCAAACAUGUUCAGCAAGAUAUCUGUUAAAAAUGCCAGGAUUUCAUGUGAAGGUAAUAAUAGUAAAGAUACAGCAGCUGUAGAUGUUACACUUGAACAUUUAAAUUCUUGUGCAAAUUCCACCGAAUUGAUGUGCGAUUCAUCUGUACCAGAGUCUGUGAAUGAUUGUUCAAGCCCAUUGAUACCAUUAAAAAUCAGGACUGUUGAGAAAGGGAUAGAUAUAUCAGAGGAGUCUUCUGUGCUGGACAGUUCCAUUACAAGAAAACUGCCAGAUAACCAUGACACAGAUCAAGUAAUAGAUCCUGAUGUGGAUAAAGAUCAUGCAGAUAAUGCUGAAGCCAGUGCAGAAAGCAAGGAGACCGUGACUGGCAAGGCUUGGAGUAUGGGUCAUAGUGGGAAGUCAGCUAAUGGUGGACAGCUGCAGCCAGUCAGACUGUUAACAAGUUCACCGGUGGACACUCCACGAAAGAGGCCACCACCCUCAGAUAGUCAGUCCUCUUCUAGACGUCCCGUGAAGGAAAGAAAAAUAACUGUCGAGAGUGGACAGAAAGAACACCCUGUGAAGAACCCAGACAAGAAAACUUUGAAACAACGACUGUACCAAUCAGAGAAUAAACUUCACUGUGAUGUAAAAGAUUUGAGGACUGCCUUGCUGAAAAAGGAAAUAAAACCAGACAGGAUUUUUUUCGAGACACCAACUGUGAUUGGCCAGGCUAAAUUAUGUGAUGCUUGGUUUUGUGGCCAAGGUGACAAGCUCAGUCUUGUCAACAUUUACAGACUAGGGGAGGCAGUAUUGUACAGAAACUUAAAGGACAAGCACAGAUUAAAAGCAAAAUUGUUGCCAUCCCCUAUGGAUCUCUGCUGUCUACACCUGGAUGAAAGAUUGUGGCAGACCUUGGAACAGCUGGCCAGAAGCUGUGAAACAAGGGGUACUUAUUUCCAUAUCAGCGAUGAGAGGCUUGUAGCCAAUGGUUUUGAUAUUCGAUGUCACAGAGAACCUGAUGGCAAAUUGAAGGCUGAACUUGUAGGGAUGUGUGAUCUCAUUCCUGCCUAUAGGAUCAAUGAUUUAAGUGAAGUUUUGGAAAUAAUCUCUCACAAUCCACAAGUGACCUUGGGAGAUGCUCGACCGAUCAAAGUUCUCUAUUAUUUACAGGGUGAGGUGUAUCGCAUGUUGCAGGGAACUCUACACAAGACUUCAGUUACUGGCAUUCAGGAAAUGAUAUGUCAGCUUACAGACACCCCAGGCUCGGUGUGUUGUAUCCACCAGAAACCAGUGUUUCAUGAACUCUUUGAUUUGAGUGAAUUUAAUGGUUUACAGACUGUGGAAGUUCAACAAGAAGUUAGUGGCAGCUCCUCACAAUCUGUGAAUACCCAAGAUCACUGA